CUUUUAGUUAGUUGGUUUACUACGUUUCAGUCAUUUUAGACUAUGUAGGCUCUAUAUGGUUUUUUUGUUGUAAACUGAACUGAGAAUGAAAAAUCAAUCGAGAGUUGAGAUGGAAUGUUAAUUUUUUUAUUUAUGACGAAUAAGUGAGGUAAAAUGGUGUAUACACCAGGAGUGUCAAGUGCAAGCUCUUCAGCGGUGCAGGUGGCAGCGAGCCUGGUGGCAAAUUUGGGCAUGAUGAACACCGGCAUGAUGAUAGGGUUCCCCUCAGUGUUACUGCCUCCUCUAUUGGAAACAGGUCCUGGACUUCAUACUUCGUUGAGUCAAGCCUCAUGGCUAGCUAGCAUCUCCUUCAUCUCAGCGCCAGUUGCCUGUGUGGUAGCAGGCCCGAUGAUCGACCGUGUCGGCCGCCGCUGGGGUCUGGUGCUGCUUAACCUCACGUUCAUCGCAGGGUGGCUGCCUUCAGCCGUCUUCCCACUAUCCCUCCCCGCCCUCUAUAUCGGCCGUAUCUGUUCAGGGAUUGGGGCAGGUGCAGCCUCCACCGCAGCUGCCACCUAUACUGCGGAAGUAACCACUGUUCAUCUGCGAACAGCGAUGGUCUUACUCACAUCUGUGAUGAUAUCAGUAGGCGCCGUCAUCAUCUACCUUUGGGCCAUCAUUUAUAAGGAAUCAUGGAGCGAAGUAUCUUGGUUUGGAUUUGGCAUUACAGCAGUGGCAUUGGUGCUGACAGUACUGCUGCCGGAGAGCCCGUUAUGGUUGCUGAGCAGAGGCCGUGGUGAGGAAGCGCUGCAGGCUCUGCAGAGACUGCGAGGAGCAUCAAGCCCCGAGCAGGUCAAGGAGGAGCUGGACAGCUUCAGCAGCAGAGCGAGCGACAAGCAGCAGACAACCUCCUGGCUCUCCAGCUUCAGAUAUCUGCGGAAGCCUCAGGUGUACAAGCCCCUCGUAAUCGUCAACAUGAUCUUUUUAUUUUCCAAUCUGACAGGAGUAGCAUUGAUAAUAAGUUAUGCGGUUGAUUUCGCAGAGAGAGCAGGAUUAAAGACGGAGACUUACUACGUGGCUAUAUGUAUCGCCGUAAUGCGGAUGUUGUCAUCGUUGAUCACUGCUUGGGUGAGCAGUGUGUAUGGCAGGAGGACUCCGACGAUGAUCUCCGCUGUGAUCAUGACUGUCUCCUUGGCCAUGCUGACUGUGAACGUGUAUGGGCUAAUAGAACUGCCCCACUGGCUCAUUGCCGUCCUUAUGCUGGUCUAUGUUUUCUCCGGCUCCAACAGCUAUUCUACCCUUAUGUGGUCUAUGUUGGGAGAGGUUUUUCCAACCGAAGUCAGAGGCUUUGCAAGUGGUAUCACUGGUGGCAUGGGGUUUGCCAGCUGCUUCAUCUCCGUGAAACUCUACCCUAUAUGUGUGAGGGUAUUCGAAGCAAACACCGUGUUUUUGUUUUUUACUACAUUCGGAGCUUUAGGGAUUGUUUAUAUUUACCUCUACCUCCCGGAAACCCACGGAAAGACUUUGUUAGAAAUUGAGGACUACUUUAAAGGACCGGAAACAAGAAGAGACGAAAACACACAAGAACGCCAUUCGAUGCAUGACAAGAACAUGACAAAAACCAACAGAAAAAUGUGUAAAAAAGAAAUUAAUCAAAUAUCUUUUGUUGAAACUAAAAUUGAAGACUUCAACGUCCAUGGUCAACAUAUGUCACAGUUGCACUCCAACUAUUUUAGUGAUAGUUAUACUGUACACGUUCGCCUUCACUAUUAUCAAGCGAUAAUAGCAGUGUCGUUGUGUGUUGGCAGGUUGAUACAACGUUUGAAAAUGGUGCUGUCGGCAAACACUCUCCUCGUAAAGUCGAUAACCGCCCAGGUGGCAGCAAGCUUGGUGGCCAACUGGGGAAUGUUGAAUACAGGGAUGGCUAUGGGAUUUCCUUCCGUAGUGGUGCCGCCUCUUCUGGGUUCCGGCCCCGGACUACAUACUUCUUUUAAAGAAGCUUCCUGGAUAGCAAGUAUAUCUUACAUAUCAGCCUUGGUAUCAUCACUGCUGGCAGGACCGAUGAUAGACCGGGUCGGCCGCCGCUGGGGACUGAUGCUGAUGAACUUGACGUUCGCUAUCAGCUGGCUGUUGCUUGCAGUAUUUCCUCUCUCAUUGCUCGCUGUAUACUCUGGCAGAGUUGUGGCAGGGGUGGGAAUAGGUUUAACUUGUGCCUCUGUCUCUUAUACGGCAGAGAUCGGUACUGUCUCUCUCCGCACAAUCCUAGUCAACUUUAACCCAACUCUGAAAGCUAUCGGAGCCUUCUUAACCUAUCUCUGGGCGUGUUUUUAUCAGGACUCAUGGACAGAAACUUCGUACUUUGGAUUGGGCCUGACAAUAAUACCGAUUUUGCUGACACCACUCAUGCCGGAGAGCCCCUUGUGGCUGCUGAGCAGAGGCCGUGCUGAGGAAGCACUUCAAGCUCUGCAGAAACUCCGAGGAGCGUCAGCCCCCGAGCAGGUCAAGGAGGAGCUGGACAGCUUCAGCAGCAGGGCGAGCGACAAGCUGCAGACAAACUCCUGGCUCUCCACCUUCCACAACCUGCGGCAACCUCAGGCCUACAAACCGCUGAUGUUCAUGUCCACUUACGUAAUAGUUGCACAGCUCUCUGGAGUGACAGUCGUAAUGAAUUAUGCGAUAAACUUUACACAAAAAGCCGGUUUAGGAGGCGAAGCAUAUUACCUAGCCUUGGUCGUAUCCUCCAUGCGUUUGUUCUCAUCGUUCCUGUCGACUUGGGCCUGCAGUAGGUGGGGUAUAAGGCCCCCAGCCCUGCUCUCCAGCGUGGUCAUGGUGGUAUCCCUGUUGAUGCUGGCACUAUCCGUGUCGUCCUUGCUGACAUUUCCCCCUUGGCUCGUCGGUUUCCUGGUCCUCCUGUACGUCCUCACAAGCAACGUUGCGUACUCCUCCAUAUUCUGGGCCAUCAUGGGAGAGGUGUUCCCCACAUCUGUACGAGGCGUCGCAAAUGGAAUUGAGAACAGUUUCGGAUAUUUUUUAUGCUUUCUUGCUGUCAACCUCUACACACGUUUGGAGCACUCUUUCAGUUCUCUUCAACUGUUUCUGUUCUUCGCUGUCUCAGGAUCGGCUGGCACUUUGCUUCUAUUCCUUUUCCUUCCGGAGACUCGUGGUAAAACACUGUUGGAAAUAGAAGAUUACUUUAAAGGAACAACAGAAUCUGAAGAAAGCAGCAAGAUCAACACGAAUACUGACGUCACGCAGAGCGAAAUAAAAUGA